AUGACAUCGCCGCCGCACCGCCUCCGCCGCCCGCACAUUCCGCACGCAGCGCACGAGGCGCGCCCGGGCUGCCGAUCACGUUCCCUGCGCGUGCACUGUAGUUCGUCGUUCCGGCGGAGUCGUGGCGGGAGGAUGGCGACGGUGAUCCGGGAGGUUCCGCAGGGGGCCCCGGGGAGCGGGGGCUCGGGGGACACGGUCGGCGACGCGGCGAGGUUCGGCGUGAUCACCGUGAGCGACCGGGCCUCGCAGGCGGUCUACAAGGACGAGAGCGGGCCUGCCAUUUUGCAGUUCUUCAAGGAGGCGAUCGCGUCGCCCUGGGAGGCGCACUACCGCCUCAUCCCCGACGAACAGCCCAUGAUCGAAAAAGCCAUCAAAGAGCUCGUCGACGACGUCGGCUGCUGCCUGGUCGUGACUACGGGCGGGACGGGCCCGUCGGUGCGUGACGUGACGCCCGAGGCCACGGAGGCCGUCUGCGAUCGCAUGAUGCCAGGCUACGGCGAACAAAUGCGAGCCAUAUCACUCAGGUACGUCCCGACAGCGGUGCUGUCCCGUCAGACGGCGGGCCUGCGCGGGCGGUCGCUGGUGAUGAACCUCCCCGGGAAGCCCAAGAGCAUCCGGGAGACGAUCGACGAGGUGUUCGUGUCGAUUCCGACGUGCAUUCAAAUCAUGGAUGGUCCCUACAUUGUUACGCACGAAUCCGUUGUUAAGGCGUUCCGGCCGGCGUCGAUCGUCCGCAAGGAGAAGCCCGCGGCGUGA